AUGAAGAAGCACCCACAAACUGCACAAACCAUGCGACUGCAAGCUUUGCUCUGGCCACUCGCCUGCUGCCUCGUGCUGCUCCUGCUUCCGUCCGGCAUCCUGUCGCAGUGCAACGAUUCCACACCGGGAUGUCUCCACCAGGCGGAGGAGGGCGUCGCCCAGCGCCAUUGUCUGGAUCCCACCAAGUACUGGUUCUCGGCCAUCGGUCAGCAGGCCCAGCUCAAGAAGUGCCAGCCCAACACGGGAUUCGACCAGGAUCUCAACGCCUGCGUGCCCUGGAUCGCCUGGGUCUGGCAGCCAUGUCCGGAGCCGCCAAGUCGUCCUCCCGGCUGGGAGCCCUGCUAAAUUAGCCUACUUUGGCUGAAAGGAUGCCUUUUUUAAUGGGAAACACAUUGCUUCUAUAACGUGUAUACGACAAAAUAAAUUUAUAUUCUUAAUUUGAUUUAAAAGCCA